AUGCUAAGAAGUGUCAGCGAACCGUCUCUGGGAACUUUUACUGAAGGGAAAUUCUUUUGGGAAGGACGACUCGGUGUUGUGACUCGGAUGUUGGUAAUGGCACCAUGGAAUAUAUGGUGGCAGGUUUUAAUGUUAUCCGUGAUAAUAUACAAGUACAUAGUACAUCUUCUUAUCGCUUAUUAUUUGAAAGAACCCCUGGUCUUUUUGGAUGUGAGCAUCAUUGUUGGCGAGAUAUUCUUCUUCUUGGAUGUAUUCAUACAUUUAUUACAUAUGUUUUGGCCUAUUUUACGAUUACACGUUAGACUGUACACGAGGAAUUAUAUUUUAUUAUCCUAUGAUGUCAUCAGUUUGGUCCCAUUAUUUGUUAUAUUUAAACACAAAAAUGGUUUCGACGAAAUUCUACUGCUUGGAAGAUGGUUGAGCAUCGGACGGAUAUACAGAUUGAUUGGUUUCUUCCAAAAUAUUAAUGAAAAGAUGCGGAGUUCGCGUAAAAAACUGUACGUAAUCGAGCAUAUAAUAUUGGUUGUUUUGGUGGUGCACUGUGGGACGUGUCUCUGGUACUAUUUGCACCAAUCAAAUUCUAUGGAGGAGUGGUAUUCAUUAGGAUUUUAUAUGAGCAGCAAAAAGAUAGAAUUCGACAGUUAUAUCUCAUGUUGGUACUACAGCUCAGGCCGUUUCUUCAACUGCAUUUUUGGUGAUAGCUUUCCACUGCAUAGUCAUGAAAAAUGGUUGACAUCGUUUCUGAUGGUUUUUGGGUGCGUUUUUAUGCGCUAUCGCUUUAUCGGAGGUCUCACUUGGGAACUUGUUUUGGAAAACAGUCGAUGGUCUACUUUUGUUGAACAGUAUCAUCAUGUGAUCGACUUCCUUAAAUUCCGCGGGGCGCCUUCAUGGUUGGUAGAACAGGCAAUGUUGUAUAAACAGCAACUUUGGAAAAUGAAAGAUGGAAUUCUGACGACUCCUCAUCUACAAAAACUCCCUGUACCCUUGAGGAUGGAGCUCAUUUUUGAUAUUAAUGUCGGACACUUUCACGACUCCUUGUUAUUAAGAGACAUGGAUGAAUCGUUCAUGCGUCAAAUUUCAUUGUUGAUGAAACACGAACUGUAUCUUGCUGGACAGUGUGUGUGGAACCAGGACGUGGUGAAGAAUGGUAUCAUUUUCAUCAAAUGCGGCGUGCUGGAGAUGUUGUCUGAUGAAGAUGAUGAAAGUCCGAUGAUUGCGUUCAAAGAGGGAACCGUAUUGGGAGAAAUAAGUUUAUUUUAUUCAAUACCAUCAAAAGUGACUGUAAAGGCCGCGACAUAUGUCGAACUGCAGGUAUUAAAGAGGACAGACUUUAUUCGGGCACUAACAGAUAAUCCGUACACGCUCCGACAAAUUCGGGAAAAAGUUGAAACAAGAAUUAAAAGAUCGAAAUCGAAGCAGAUCGCUAUCACUAAAUAUGAUAAAAACGAUUCGAGAUUGAUUAGAAUACGCUACCGACCAAUGAAGUUACUUAAAGAUCAUUUAAGUGGAGUCGAAGAAGAAGACCCUACUUUUGUGGAUGAUUCACACAUGUACUACAAAGAUGAAAAUAAUAAGAAACAGCGGAAAUUUACUACUGACUACUUGGAAUUAUACCAUAUGUCUAGUCAUGUUACUACGGUUGAUAAACCUCGAAUUUGUCUUCGCUCGAAUUUUCCCUGGAUUCUGGAACCGAAUACUGAUUUUACGAAUAUGUUCGAUGUAACUCACUUUUUGUUGGUGCUAUUCGUGUGUGUAAUGUGUCCCCACUGGACCGAUUCCUUGCAGUCCGACUGGGAGCGGGUCGUGAACACAAUCGUGAUUGCUGGCUUGUUGCUCAGUAUUUAUAUUCAACUCACUACCGCCGUCGUUGAGAAAAAUGUGAGAAAGGAAACAGUCAGAGAGAUAGCCGAGGAGAAAAUGUCCACUGUUGGUUUUUAUCUUGAUGUUCUUUCAGUCUUCCCUAUGUAUAUAUUUACUGAUACAUUAGACCCUAGCGGGGAAUCGAUUGCUUCUCAAAUAGCCGUCGUGUUCCCGAUUUUACAAGUAUGGCACAUAUGGGACUACUUAGAGAAAUGGCAGAAGAACUUUAAUACGAACGCUAAGUUUUUAUGUCUGAUGAAGUAUUUUUUACUGUUCAUCAUAUUCUGCUACUGGUCAGGGUGUCUUUUGUUCCUCUUCGCCUGUCCAAAAAACCUUUGUAGAGAAAAUACAUGGAUGGGCUUACUGAUUUAUUGGGAGACAAAGAUUUUCGUCAGAAACAACGCAAAACACGAAACACCUGUUUCUUCAGCCCUUUCGUUUGGAACAUCUGUUUUCACUGGAAGUGGGGCUUCAGAUAUUUCGCCAGGGUUGGAGGAUUUAGGCUUGGUUAUAGUUUUAAUAGUACUGGGAACGUAUUUGUCAUGUUUCUAUAUUGCAAAUAUAUGUUCCAUCUACGUUUUAUCAACACAAAGGAGACUAAAGUUUAAGGAAUCAAUGAGGGAGCUGUUUUAUUUCCUCUCCGUAAACUACGUUAGUGGUAAAAUCAAGGCGCGGGUGAAAAAAUUCUUUUGCGUUCAAUGGUACUAUAACAGCGCUGUUCUUAAUGAAGAAAUAUUUAAGGAUAUGUCGAGUAACAUUCAACAGGAAAUCUUAUCAUUAGAGACGAUUGAAAAACUUUUAUGUUGUCCGGUUUUCCAAAAUUGCAGUCGAGAUUUCCUUCAGACGGUUGCGUCUAAUGCCAAGACAAUAGUUUUACCCGACAAUGAGAUCGUUCAACAUGCGGGCGACAUCGGACGAGAUAUGUACAUUUUGAAAAAGGGUCAUUGCAAUAAACUAAAUUAUAAUGGAAAAAUUGAAUGUUCGAUCGGACCUAACAGUGAUAUUGGAACGGUGGAAAUGUUGUAUGGACUUCCAAAGGUGCAUACAGUCUUGACAACGACAAACUGCAUAUUACUGCAUGUUGAAUACACCGCGCUCGUGCGGAGUUGGAGCACAUUCCCUGACAUCAGUCAGCCUAUUAUGAACGUAAUCAAAGAUCCCACUAUACGUGAACGGGCGUCACAAUUCGAAGAGAGUAAACCACUUGUUGGUAAAAUAGACACAAAAACGAACAGAAUUACGCAAGAAAUAAAAGAGAGUUUCGUAGUAGUGAGUGGGCGGCGGCAGAGAGAUCAAUAUUUACUGGCUUUUGAUAAGCUAGGCGUUAUGAGAUACUUAAGAUAUUUCUUCCUUCCUGGAUGUAUUACUCCGCAUGGAUUAUUUUUAAAAUUCUGGUGCACAGUGAGAUUUAUAAUGGCCAUAUAUUACGUGCUGAUCGUACCCUAUAAUAUUGCUACAAAACAGAGCAGAAACAUUGGUAUAUACAGUUGGGUUGAUAUAGUAUUAUAUCUCGACAUUAUAAUAAUGGCUUAUGUGGCGUACUACGAUGACAGGUCAUUACUAAUAACACACCCAUUUUUAACCACAACGAGGUAUCUGAAGCACGCUUUUCUUUUGGAUUUCAUAAGCGUUUUUCCUUUCGAAGAACUGUUUAAAGUUGUGAAUGAACACGCCGAUACUGAUCUUUGCAGGAUUAAUCGUAUACUAUUGGUAUUCCGUAUCACUGGAGCCUUUUCAUACUGGGAGAGCGACAUUAUGCAAGUGAAUCAGGCAGUCGUUUUGCUCAAAUUCCUUCCGAUUGCCAUAACACUGGUCAACUUCGCAACCGCCUUCAUAUUUAUGAAUUCCUGCAAACCCUUCACGGUACCCACUUCAAGUUUUAUUAUGACGAAUUGUUCAAGAGUUCUGCUGUUUUCUGGAAAGAAGUAUAAGCCAAAAUAUGCUGUGGCAGAAUAUAUGCAAACCUUCUUCUGGACGUUUGAGAUAUUUGUUGGUUGUGGGUGUACUCCAGUAGCUCUUUCGAACAAAUUUGAUGUUUGGUUGGGAAUGGCUUUGCAAAUAGCUGGUGUGAUGUACUUCGCGUGUAUGUACGGUUACAUUGCAUCGACGCGUUCCGCAGCUUCGCAUGCUUUACUAUCGCAUAAUGAAAAAACAAGAGAUUUGGUUGAUUUUUUGAACCGACAGAACGUUGAUCCAAUGUUGACUGUAAAAACUUUGAAAUAUUUUGAAUACGUCUGGAAAAGAACUCACGGCAGCGAUCCACAGAAAAUAUGUCGAGGUCUAAACUCUGCGCUAAUGGAAGAUACGCUCGUAUUCAUGUAUGAAAGGGCGCUACGCGAAGUUCCACUGUUCGGAAAAGUCGAGCGCUCCUUCAUCAGAGUUAUCACGCAGCACUUGCAUGAAAUGUAUUUCCUUAAAGGAGAUACUGUGGUGCAGUGCAAGGAUAUGCAGACUAAGAUUUACAUUAUUUAUAGAGGAAAGGUAGACGUUUUAAGUUCAUACAACGAAAUGAUUACUUGUAUGGGUCCUGGUGGAAUGUUUGGUAAUUUUACGGGUCAAACAAUUUCAAGUUCUGAAGUUUCAAUCUAUGCUAGCAGAAACUUAGAUUUGUUGGUACUGCCUUCGCAAACAUUCUUUAAUUUGGUCAAGUAUUAUCCAAGAAUACAAGAGCCGUUGUACAAGGCAUUCGAAGUAUCGAAAGAUUACAUCCUACCUAUAUCUAUGGAUAACAUCGACGACGACUCCUCAGCCGAUUCUGAUUUCGAUUUGAUGUCGCAAGACUCUGCGUUUGACUCACGAAGCGGUUCCAGUAGAUUUGAUACAUCAGGUUAUUUGGCAAGUUCUCAAUCAACAAGCAACGUGAGUCAAGCGAAGUCAUCCGUCAGCGUCAUGACAUAUCAGAGCUAUUUAGAUGUCAAUAAUCUUCUGAAACCGGGGUCCAGAAUGUAUCAGGGCUUCGGUUACUUCACCUGUGUAAUGGUAACCGCAAAUUACGUACUGACACUGUACGAACUUGUAACAUUAAACGAUUGCUAUAUUAUAUUUUGGUUACAAUCCAUUUUCGACAUAUAUUUUUACGUCAAAGUUUAUUUAUCAAUGCAUCAGGGUUACCUCAAUCGACACGGCGAUCUAAUAAUAGAUUCAACAAAAUGCCGCGCCCGGUAUUACAGACACAAGCUGUGGGUUUGGUCAGAUGUAUUUACCAAUUUACCACUUGAGCUAUUUGGUUUCUGCUUCUCUAUUCCCAUUACUGCAAUGCAUUAUUUGAGGAUGAAUAAAUUGUUGAGACUAAAGUAUCUAGUUGAAUUUUAUCGGAAAACUUCAGCUGAACUUACAAAUAAUCUUACUACAUUGCAGUCCGCAAUGACUUUUUUCAUAGUCAUUUUGUUGUUGCACACGUUAACAUGUGUCUGGUUAUUGACCCUGAUUGCCUCUGCGCCUUUCAAUAUCAUACGGACUCUAAAACUCCAUCUGCUAGAUGACGAUACCCCACAACGCCAAUGGGACUACACGACAUCUUUAUACGUAAUAGUCGCGGAGCUGACUUCAACGGGGGGCGAUGAGUUUAUAGUAGAAGAUAUGUUUUCCAUGGUGAUCCUAGCUAUAUGUCUUAUCAGCGGUAAGAUGUUGGCCGCAACUGUGAUUGCGACUAGCAUGCAGGUUGCGUAUUCCACUAAAUAUGCCUUGAAUAAUUAUGAGAAAUCAACCAAAGAACUGAUCGAUGUCCUGAAGAACCAGGGAUUAUCAAACUAUCAAUUAAUGAAGUUUUGGAAAUAUGUCCGUCAGCUUUGGGUAACGGAAAGAGGAAGACAGUUGCCAGUUUUGGUAGCGGAAACUCCAUACGUGCUUCGUUGCGACCUGAUGUCUGCGAUGUUCGGCCAUCAUUUGCGGAGCUGUUAUAUUUUUGCUGACACUGGCGAACCGUUCCUUCGUCAGCUCACCGUGUUGUUAGAUUACUCUAUAUAUUUUCCAGGAAAUUAUAUAGUUGUAGCCGGAGAUAGCGAGGCCCGUAUGCAUUGGGUGGCAUCAGGGACUGUAUCGGUGGUAUCUGUGCGAGAAGAUCUCACUGAAACUACUCAUGAAAGCCUCGGUACUGGGGAUGUGUUCGGGAUUUUACAAGGUCUAAACUAUGGCUUGCCACAUUGUUUCUCCUACAGAGCAGAAACUAAGGUGGCCGUUCUUAGUUUAAGUUUGGAUUCCUGGAUCGAUAUCUUGCCUUACUUUCCAGAGGCAAAAAUAAUUAUUUCACAAAGAUCUGAUGUUCUGUUCACGAAAAUAUAA